GCCAAGGGUGUGUCUUCAUGGUGCAAAUGAUCGCGAUGACGCAUCUUAAAAUAGUCACGGACUUCGUCGACGUGCCCGAGCUUGACACAUGCACCCUAAUUUCGACGAACAUGGAGAGCGUGGUUGCUGCUUCUGCCGUCGCCCUCGAACGUGCUUUGAAGUUAGUUGCAGACGAAGAGAAGAAGGGCGCGGCUCUCAAAACCCCCCUCAAGCUCAACAAAGCGACCGGCAAGGAAAGCAGCGUUCUGCUGUCUUUUUCCGAGUUGAACUGGGGGAAGUUCACGCAAGAUUACUACCAGUCCCUCUAUACGGCGGACAUAAUCAAGAUGGCGCAUAAAUUCCUCAAGGACUUGAACUCCGAAUACUAAAACAUCCACCGCUUCGUCUUUUCACAGGUUCUCCACUACUAUUUCAUUCUUGCAGCUGUGCCUACUACAUAGUCGAGUCUCAUACUACUACUAAUUCAUCAUCCGCGUACAAUGUUCCCCGCCACAAGCCAUCUCCCCUUCACACUUUAAUACCCACUUAUUCUACUUUUUUUGAUGGUAUCACGUUGUUGAAAUAAGUGUUUCUAGCGGCCUCGUGAAAAUAAGUUGGAAAAGGC